AUGGAAUUCAGUGAACCUGCAGAGAAUGCAGGACCAGAAUUCGAUCAGACGUCAUACAGAGUACAGAUUUUUCCUGAUUCCUGGCCUCAACCUGGCUAUCCUUUUGCUGUCAUAUCUUCUCAUUCUCCGGCUUCCUCUAAUGUCACCUACGCUCUGUUCACACCGGAUAAUGAGAAGUCGUUCGCAGUUGAUCCAAACACUGGUGAACUGUUCCUGACCUCAUCGGUUCCGCCUGGUGAUGAGUUCUGCACAUUACUGAUUGCUAAAGAUGCAAAUGGUCGAGAGACUGCUGUACCAGUAGCAAUCAAUACC